GUUACAAUAUGUAUAUGUAUACAACAAAUAAACGGAAAGAAAACGAUACGCAUGCAAUGCAUUACUCACCUGAGAAAAAUCUGAUAUAUCGAUAUCUAUGAUACAUAUACUUAUCAAUGUUCCACUACGGAAGCACCCUUCCUCCGCCCCGUUACAAUUUCCGUUCCUAACUCCCGAGCUCAAGACAUACAUCACUUGGCAUUCCAGCCUCCUCAACAUACCCCACACUGUCCCGUCCCUCAUUGCCCCGGAUCAACCGCGGGCCCUAUGAUCAUCUAUCAAAUGUAUCAGUGGGGCAGCCCUGGCUGAGACUGAUGGUGGCCGAGGGGGGCCGAUUGAUAGAUCACAUUGGGUGGUCAUGAUAUCAUGGAACUGCCGAAAGAGAAGUCCAUUUACUUCAUAUUAGCCCCUCGUCCCCGCAUCUUUCUACUUACCCCAUCUUAUGCAUCUACCAUAAGUUUCCUUAUUUAGAGCACCUCUUUUCUCCUUAUAUUGCUUCUCCCCCCCACUUGAUCACCCUCGUCCACUCCAGCGUCUACAGCGCCUUACCAACAACACACCGCUACUAUGUCUUCCUCCGACCAAAUCCACACAGUCCCUGCCUACAUCAACGGCGCUGAGCUCCCUCUCUCCUCAACCUUUGACGUCAACUCCCCCUCCACAAACACACUCAUCCACCGCUCCGCCUCCGCCACCGUCGCUGACGCUCUCUCCGCCGUCACAGCCGCCCAGGCCGCCUUCCCCGCAUGGCGCGACCUUCCCCCCGCCGCAAAACGCGACAUCUUCCUCAAGACAGCCGAGAUAUUCAAGAGCCGAGCAGAAGAGCUCACAAAAUACAUGGUUGAUGAGACGGGCGCUGAUGCUGGUUGGGCGGGCUUCAACAUCCACCUCACUACGGAUUUGCUUAUUGAUGUGGCGGGCCGCAUCUCAAGCGUGAAGGGCGAUUUCCCUACCACCUCCGACCCAGGAACGAGCGCAAUCAUAUAUAAAGAGCCAUUUGGCGUUAUUCUCGGCAUUGCCCCAUGGAAUGCCCCUUACAUCCUCGGCGUCCGCGCCAUCGCCAACGCCCUCGCCGUCGGCAACACUGCCAUCCUCAAAGCCCCCGAGAUCUCUCCCCGCUGCACCUGGGCCAUCGUCUCGUGCUUCCACGCUGCCGGUCUCCCCGCCGGCGUCCUCAACUCCCUCGCCCACGACACCGCCUCCGCGCCUGCAGUCACACAAGCACUCAUCACCGACCCGCGUAUUCGCAAGAUCAACUUCACAGGCUCCACGGCCGUGGGUCGCAUCAUUGCCGAGCAGGCUGGGCGCGCGCUCAAGCCUGUGCUCUUGGAGCUGGGUGGCAAGGCGCCGGCGAUCGUGUGGAGUGACGCAGAUCUAGACUUGGCAGCUACUGAGUGCGCGAAGGGCGCGUUUAUGCACACCGGGCAGAUCUGUAUGAGCACCGAGAAGAUACUUGUGCACCGUAGCGUGGCGAAGGUGUUCGGGGAGAGGUUGAAGGUGAAGGUGGGAGAGAUGUUUGGGGUUGGAUGUUUGGUGAAUCGGAUGGGGGUGGAGAAGAAUGUAAGGCUUGUGAAGGAUGCCGUUGGGAAGGGAGCAGCUGUCAUGGUUGGUGCUCUGGGUGGAGAGGAUGGAGCGAAGAUGUCGCCAAUAGUUCUUGGAGGCGUGACGGAGGAGAUGGAUGUGUACAAGACGGAGUCGUUUGGGCCGACUGUCAGUGUGAUUGAGGUCGACACGGAGGAGGAGGCGCUGCGUAUUGCGAAUGAUACUGAGUAUGGGCUGUCGGCAUCGGUGUUCACGGAAGACCUGCGUACGGGGCUGAGGUUCGCGAGGGGAAUCGAGAGCGGUGCGGUGCAUAUAAAUGGGAUGACGGUGCAUGAUGAGUCGGCGCUGCCGCAUGGAGGCUGGAAGAGCUCUGGGUAUGGAAGGUUUGGGAGCGGGGGGAUGGAGGAGUGGGUGCAGACGAAGACGGUGACAUUUAAGAACUAGGAUAUAAGUGCCAUUUAAUUUCCACAUGCUGUGUAUAUUCUCCCGUUAAAAUAUGGCAGACGAGCUAAGGUACCGGAUAUGGCACCUUAUAGGGAAUGGUACAUUUGGAACUACACUUGGACAAAGUGAAAGGCAAGUUCCAUAUCAAUGACUUGAAACUACCUGUGGAACAAGAACAACCCACAAGAAAACGCUCUCCAGCUAGCAUUUUGCCACUGUACCUACUACUCUCAACUCCUCACUGCCGCCCAUCUCCCAACCGCUAGCCUUCUCGCAGCCACGCAACCUCUCACUUCAAGUUCUAACACACCAACUUCUCAAGAACGAUUCACUAUGGCAUGUCCCCAUCAGCCUUUUGCCCGGAGAGCAUUAUCAGGACCACAAAUAGGGUUUUCCCCAUUCCCAUGGUGUCUGUGACGUCCGUGGAAGCUCUUUGCGAUCCUCGUGGUUGCUAUAAAUAAUGACGGGCUUGGGUAAGCACCCGCAGUCAGUGACCUUCCUAUAGUACCACUGUCUCCAAGCAAGUUAGAAGUGCUGCUCUCUCGAGAAUUCCACGAAGUGCAUC